AUGCGAACAUUUUUUGUCUACUUUUUAUUAGUUCUAAGUGCUGUGGCCGUCCUGGCGGAAGCCGUUGCCGAUGAACAACAGCAGCUGAAACAGCUGACAUUGGAGGAUGUUGAUGAAGUAGGCGGCCAGCAGGAAAACUCAGAAGUGCGCGAGCCCCGGCAGUUUGGUUUCAGACGCUUUGGCGGUGGCUUUGGUCGAGGUUUCGGACCAGGUUUCGGACCAGGCUUCUACGGUGGCGGCUUUAGGCGCCCUUAUUAUGGAGGCGGUUUUGGAAGAUCCUUCUACGGCGGUGGUUUCAGAAGGCCCUACUAUGGAUUUUAUGGCUAA